AUUCCUCGGCUGCGCAGCCCGGCGAGCCAGGAGGAUGCAGACAAAGGCUCCUUCUCCCCCGCUCGCACUCAGGCGCUGACAUCACCGGGCGCUCCGGGAGGCGAGCCCGGCCCGCAGCCAGGCGCGGCGGGACCGCCCCGAGCCCCAGCCCCAGCCCCAGCCCCGAGCGGACCGGCACCGGCGCGGCGCGGCGCCCCCGACCCCUGCGGCUCUCCCCCAGCCCCGGAGCCAGAGCAAGCCCCGGUGCAGCGAUGGCGGAGUAUUGCAGCCUGCUGGAGGAGCUGGCGGAGAACAUCACCAACGAGGACCUGGACCAGCUGAAGUCAGCCUGCAAGGAGGACAUCCCCAGUGAGAAGCACGAGGAGAUCACCACAAGCAAAGACUGGUUCAGCUUCCUGGAGAAGCACAACAAGCUGGACAAAGACAACCUCUCGUACAUCGAGCACAUCUUUGAAAUCUCGCGGCGCCCGGACCUGCUGACCGUGGUGGUGGCGUACCGCACCCAGGUGCUGAAGAUUUCCGAGGAGGACGAGGUGGACACCAAGCUGACCCGCAUCCCCAGCGCCAAGAAGUACAAAGACAUCAUCCGGCAGCCCUCGGAAGAAGAGAUCAUCAAACUGGCCCCCCCGCCCAAGAAAGCCUGAGUGGGGGGGCGGAGGAGGAAGAAGGGGUCGGCUGCCAGACCCACCACUUUACCCCCCCACACACCCCCACUCCGCCACUGUCAUCCCCUCCCCCACCCCGCCAGCCCUGGCUUGCCCCCCCUCCCCCGCCACUCCUCACCUCCUGCCACACAAUGGUGGGGGGAGAGCUUUGGCCACUAACACAGUCUUAAUGCCCCCCUCCUGCGCAUGUAUCUGGCCUUUGGGAUGGGAGGGCUGAUACCAAUGAGCCCCGGGGGAGGGGCUGGGCUGCUUGGGUCGGGGUGGGAUGGGGGCGGGGGGGGGACAUUCCUAUGCAAGCAGAGAUCCAUGCCUCCCACUCCCCCAGGCUGGGUCUGCACUCGACUCAUGCAUGCCCCCUUGUUAGGGGAGAUGGGGCCGAAUCCGAGGAAAGAAAAGAGAGAGCGGGGCGGCAGGGAAAGUAGGAAUGGGGGGGGGCAGUGGGGUCCCCAAUCGGGUAACUCACUGUGAAGCAAAGGGCGGGGCCAGCACGGUUAAAGGGCUCUGGUGUGAUGGGAGCUGUGGGUUGGGGGGGCAGGGCUUGGGGAGAGCAGACUCACCCAGUUGGUGUGACUGGGGGCAGCUGUCCCACUGGCCCAGCAGCUCCUCCCCCCGCAGCUCCAGUCCCUCUCAGGGUCAGGCCCUUCAACUGUUUCAGGACCCCAGCCCCAAAAGCACCCAGGGAGGCCGUGCCGCAGCAGGGGGGCAGGGACUGGGGUGUUGUGUCCAAUCCCUGGGGCCUGGGCCCAGCAUGUGAGCACCACCCCACUCCCUGCACCAAGGAGCCCGGCACGGGCAUGCCCCCCCACCCCGGAAACCAUGCGAAGGAGCUGCCAGGCCCCUCCCAGUCACAGUUGAGGAAGGGUCCCCACGGUGGGUGAAGGACGGGCCUGGGGUCAGGGUAGGGAAUCCAGACCUGGGUAAAGCCCAGGGCCUAGGUUGGGGCAGGGGUAUUGGGUAGAGAUACCAGCCCCUGCCCCAUCAGUGUCAGCUCCCCAUCCUCUCUCCAGUCAGUCCUCCCCCAGGGCACACCCACAGACUCUCCUGGGGAUUUGUGCACACAUGCUGGCACAAAAGCACCCUUUGUGCCCACAGCCACUCACAAUGCCUUUGCACACAGGCAUACUUGUGAACACGCACACUCGUGAACAUGCGCUCGUGCUCGCACACCCAAGCACAAGCCCUCUUGCAUUUGCACACUUGUGCAGUCACACGUGCACACACUUGUGCCUUUGCGCACACACAGACCUACCCACAAAUACAUGUGCUCAUGAAUUUUGCACAUGCAGCCCCUCGCCUCUCCCAUUAUUUCUCCCCACCCCUGGUCACAGGGCUGGGAGUUGGGCCCUGCAAAUGAGGUUGCGAAGGGAGCUGGAGCUGGCCAGGCCCAUGUUGGUACCGGCCAAGCGGCUGACAGAUCAGGGUCCCAGAUGGAGAGAGGAUGGGGUCCCCUAAGAGUUGGGAAGGGGGGGAGGGCAGGAGAUGCCCCAGCUCAGCUGGUACCAGUUUGCUUUGUUUCUGGGGGGGGUCAACAAAAGGCAGCGGGACCUGAACACAGGGCCCUCGGAGGGGGAUGUUCCAUUGGGGUCUCCCCCAGAUCUGUUUGCUCAGGGUCACCCUGCGUCAGUGCUUGUAUCUGUAUUUUAUUCACAGCAGCUACGAGUGCCGGGGGGGGUGGGGGCGUGUGUUUUGGGGGGGAGGGGGCCUUUGCCGUGACCCCGUUUAUCCGAUCUUGACUCUGAGCCUUUCCUCCAUAUCAUGGAUGGAAACUCACCACCCCGUCCCCUCUCACUCCCCCAGGCUUUCCUCUCCAGCCCGGCGGCUGCUCUUCAUCACUCCCUGCUGGUGGGGGUGGCACUGCCCAUCCCCCGCGCCCCUUUGCUGGACGGAACAUUGGUGGCCUGAAGGUUCUGGAAUGUUCAGCCAAAGUUCCUUCCACUUUGGAAAUGGCCGAGGGCAGCAGCUGCUCAGGGCUGGGGCGGGGGCAGGGGGGAGAUUCCAGACAGCAGGGGCCACAGGAGGGAGGAUCAGCCUGGCUCCCAGGCUUUGGGGUCCUUCUCCAUUUGGGACCCCAACACUAAACCUGCCCCCAAACCCCCUCUUCCCCAUUAGCCAGCUGACCCUGACAAGUGCUGAGCUGCCCUGGGUACCUCUAGUGUGGCCCUUUGGGCCCACUCUGGCCUGGGAUGCUGAGCUGCCCUUAUCUCCUAAGGACUUGAAGGGGUUGAGGGUGCUCAGCACUUCAGGGGACGAAGCCCUGAGCGUGUAGGGCUAGCAGGUGAGCCAGUGCAUCGUAAUGGAGCUCAUGCACUCAUGCAGCUGUCGUGAUCAGCUGUCGUGAUAUGCGGCUGGGGGCAGCCACCAAGAUCCAGUGCCCUCUGAGGCAGCUGUCAUGAUGUUCCACCCUCUCCUUGGAGUGCCGAACGCUCCCCUAGUGCCAGGGAGAAGGCAAAGCCAAAUGACAUCCCUGAGGGCUCCCCCUUCAUAGGAGCGGAGCCACCACUUGGGAGCUGCACUUGGGAACCUACAGCCCGAGGCAGGGAGUGGGGACCAGCUUCCUUUCCUUCCUGCUUCCGAGCUAGAGAUUGUUCCCCAACCCCAGACCUCCCACCCCCAGUGCUGGAGGGAGGCCAGGAUCCUUGUGCAUUGACAGUGGGUUGCAGCUAGAAGCCUGAGCUGCUGGUAAGGCCCCAGUGGGUUUAAUUACAAAUGGCAAUUGAAAUUGACUAGUUGAAACUGACAGAGAGUUUGCUGUCAAGGUUCUUCAGGUUUCCAGGCUGAGUCUAGAGUCAGGAAACAUGGCCACGGUCUCAGAAUGGGGGGGGAGGAGUGGGGGCGUCCCUGACAACGCACCACUUUCUAAAAUGGAAUAGACCCCGUUUUGCCAGCAAAUCCAACUUGUGCCUCAGCCACAAGACAUGAUUCCUAUUUGGGCGCAAAAAUCUCCCAGAGCCCAACUGGGUUUACAUUGCAAAUGGAGCUAAAAUUUGCAUCCAAAAUCAUGACAAUUCCCAGGGGAAACUGCCCCUCCCCGUCAAUCAGAGAAAUGGUGGGUCUUGCACAGCACCCCCAACCUGGCCUGCAUUGGUGGCUGAGUGGUGGGGGGAGGAGCUGCUUGGGGUGGGAGAACAAAACCCUUUAUUUAAAGCACAAAAUAUCCCAAUGCUUUUCAAACCAGGGCAAGGAGAACAUUGAGUGUCUAGAGGGACCGGGGAGAGUGGUUGUGGAAUGGAUCCCAGAGCCAAAAGGUUCUUCUGUGUGGACUCCCUCCUCCCUUCAGUGCAUGGAGACCCCUCUGGAUGUUUCUGUUCCCUGAUGCCUAUAACUGUGCAACAUCCUCAUCUGGGCUAAAUUGGCAUAGCCCCAUUGAAAUCGCUGCUGGUUUAUACUAGCUGCACUUAAUCAGGCAUAAGGAGUGGAGUGUGGGGAGGCUGAUCUUUGCAUAGAGUCUUCCUCUGAACUGGAUCGGAUCCCAUUGCCAUCUGAGCUGCCUGCACACCCUUAGCUCAGCACACGCUAAUGGCACCCAGCACCUUAGGCACUCAGCAACAUGCAGGACCAGCCCCAUGGCUUAUAAAACCAGCGUGGUGAGCGUGCAGGGGAAGCUCAAAUUCGAGUGGCCAGGUGAGGCAUGAUUCAUGCUAACAGCUGGCUGGUAACUGGCAGCCCCCGGGACAGGAGGGAGCCAGAUGCAUGUGAAAUCAAUAGGGUCUUCUGGGCGACCGAUUGAAAAGAAUUUAUGUUAAUAUAUUUUAUUUAAUAAAAGCUAAAAUCUGCAGUGUGCAUCUUGCCUGUUAGCCAGAUCUGUGUCUGCCUUAGUAUGCCCCUGCCCAGCAUUGGUAUGUGUGUGUGUGUCACAGGCCUGCAUCGCGAUUCCUUACGGCACAGCGGGAAGGCCUGUUCCCCACAGGGCCUCCCCACGCCUCCUUUCUUUCUCCCCUUCAUCUGCUUCCCCUUAGCCUGAGCUGGCGUCACCCUGGAGAGGCAAACCAGCCAGUAUUUAUUUUCUGUUUAACGGCACUGGACGGAGCGCUGGCCCAUCCGAGGCAAAACUUUGUCACUCCCCAGGAAGCGGGGCUGGUUGGUGGAGGCUUUGCCAUGGUGCCUCGGUGGCGGGGGACAUGGCCAUAGUGCAAACUCCAUGUUGGUUCCCCCUCAUUCCUGGUCUCCAGCUGCGGAAGAGCUGCACCCCAUGGGGCACCAGUGGGAGAGAGCUGGCAGAAGGGCCCAGCUUAGCAGUGGACUCUUUGCAUGGCAAGGCAACAGACUGGGAGUCAAGAGGUUGAGGAUUCAAGUCCCACCACUGACACUAAGCUCAAGCAAGUCCUGCUCUGUGCCUCAGUUUCCCCAUCUGUGACAUGGGGAUGAUUGGGCCAACCCCCACUUAGAGGAGGAUGCAUGAGGGUUAAUAAAUGGUGUUAACGCACCUCCCUAUUGGGGGGGGGGUCUGAAUUCUCAGUUAUGCUGUAAAGGGACCUCAGUAUAAAGGAGCACUCAGGCCCGAACACCUGCCCUCUGCUAACCAGUAUUAAUUAAAACAAAAGGGGACAAAAGGAUGGAGUGGCUGCUCCCAAACCUACCAGCUGAUGAGUGCGACAAGCUUGGGGCUGCUAGUGUCCUGCUUUUCCUAGCAGUGUUUAGGAAGAAGCCUUGAAACUUUCAUAUCAUGCAAGACACGGUCAGCUGCUGUUUCUAAUUCCCCUCCCCCCCCAUCCAGGGGGCAGGUGCUAAAUAUCAGCCUUGCUUUUCCCCUUUAAGGAUCUCCCUAAGGGAGCAUCACUCCUCCGGGAGCCCGAUUACUGGUUGAACCUCAGCUGUAAUUAGUAAUUUAUCAAGACUGCUGAAUACAGACAAACCCUGGCCUUCUCUUGGGCUCUUACUCCCAGAAGGUGUUGCCCAGUGUCACCUUGUGGGGGUGCCCUGCCCUGAGCAGUCAGGGCAGGGUCAGAUGUCCUGCAGUGGGAAUCAGCUGCUGCCUGGCAUUGAAUCAUCUCAGACAGGGCAUAGGAGGCUCAGAGAAGCCCAGCUGGGCUAAGGGGACAAGGCCCACAGAAAGGGGGUUGGGUUGCUAUUGAUUGCUUUCUGCCAGCUCUCCCCCUCCGCCAGCACCCGCUCCGCCUCUAAUGCUCAGACCGCGCUAACUGUGUGUACAUAUAUAUUAUAAAUAUAUGUAUAGUAACUAUAAUGUUGAGUGUUUGUUUAGUGUUAACUUAUUUUGCCAUCAAAAAAACACACCAGGACUAGUGAUGGAGGAGGAGGAGGAAGGUUUUGGGGGUUUUUUUUUGCUAAAAUAAACAGUAUUAUUACUAGAACCAGGUCUUCGCUUUAAUGCAAAAUAACAACUCUUUUGUAAAAUGUUUUUUAAAAUGGCUGUUGAAAUUUCUGGCUAGGGGACUUGGCGGGGAGGGGUGGGGGUGGGGGGUUUGCCUGGAUUCCCCAGCAGCCUGACGCUGGCAUAGUCUCAUUAGGGCUUGCACGUUAGGCUGGAUUUGCCCCACUCCCCCUGCACACCCAUCCCUCUCCCUGUUGCAGCAACAAACCUGCCUUAAAGACACCUGCGCCUCUUAAAGGAGUCACCCAAUCCUGACUGUUCAGACCUGGAAUCUGCCUUAACUCCAGCCACCUGACAGUCAUUUCCAGGAACACCCCCUGCAACCCAGCCACAAAACCCAUCCAGCUACUUUUGGGCUUAGCAGAACAGCUGCUUAUGGAGGCGCUGGCUGGCCCUGCUUUCCCCCCAGAAAGGAGACAGGCUGACCCAGCAUUUCUAAGGGACUAGCUCUUUUUGCAGAAGUUCCUCUCUGGCCAGAUUCCUGUCUAGAGGUGCUGGUGUGACGGGCUUGCAGGGAGCACCAGAUGUGGCCCUGGCAUGAGGUUGGGGCCAGAUUCUGCCAUGCUCAGUGGUACUUUACACCACAGCCCGGGCCCAUCCAUCACAAUGGGAAUGCAGCCGGUGGUGGGGAGAGAGGAUCCUACCAUGCUGAAGUGGUCCCAAUGAUCUGACCCCCAAGGAGCUGUGCCCCCAUCCCCUUACAGCUAGGCCAGCUGAAUGGGCCCAUGCAGGCAUGGAGGUAGCUGCAGCCCAAAGGGCACAAGCCUGGCUCUGGGACCAGCAGGGGGCAGUGCAGGCAUCCUAAAAAGUGAAUAACGAUGCGUCCGUGAGAUUGUGGUUUUGAUUUUUCUUCCUUAUGUGCACUGAUUGUUUUAACAUACCCCCACCUUCCAGCAGAGCUCCUCGUCCCCUGACUGCAGCCACCGCUCAAAAAUACAGCCAGGAACUAGAGCCAACAGUUCAAAAGCCGAAUGAAACAGAGUCCGCUUUGCAUUGUCCAUCCAAAUCUGAUGUGCAAACAGUCAUUGUGCUAAUGAUCAAAUAAAAAUGUAUUGUCUUGAC